AUGGUCUAUCACGGUCGUCCGUCCAAAUGUUGCUUGCCCUGCAGGAGGAGGAAGAUCCGGGCUAAUGUUGCCCACACCACGCAGUGCGAUCUGAAUCCUUUGGGCUGCAACCAGUGCCGCAGAGCCAAGCUCGCCUGCCAUGGGUACCGCAACCUGGAAGAGCUGGCUAUCCGUGAUGAGACACGUAGCACGACCCAAAAGGUCUUGGCCCGCCAUGCAUCCGCGCGGCUCACCACCAAUCCCCAACUUUCCUGGGACAUGGUAUCUCGGAACGCCUUCCUUUGCCUUUACAUUGAUCGCUACUCCUACGGCUUUGACGCCUUAGCUCCUCUCCUGGCCACGGCCCCCGCUUCCGGACACCUGCAGGCCAGUGUCGGUGCUGUCGGCUUGGCCUUUAUGGCUCACCAUGUGAACCGUCCAGACCUAAUGCCACUGGCCAACCGGCAAUAUUUGGUUGCCAUCCGGGCAGUCAGAGGAAUGAUUCGCUUCUCGCAGGAGCUGGCCAGCAACGGGACCCCCAAGCCCGUCAGCGACGAGACCCUGCAAUCAGUGCUCCUCCUUGACCUCUAUGAGAAGCUGACAAUGUGUCAUCAAUGGCCAGGGCUUCCGGGCUCCUGGCUGAGCCACCUCCAGGGCGCUCUAGGUGUGAUACAGGCCCGCCCGAGCACCGACUUCCGCAAUCCGACCACUUGUCAGCUUGCCGGUCGGACCGUGAUAGCUCUAACUAUCAGUUGUGGUGCAGCUGGUGUGCCCAUCCCGGAAGCCCUACAAGCGGUUCGCCAAGGUCUAGAUUGCUACAUUCGGAACUCAAAAUGGACAUUUAUCGGCCUGUUGAUGACCAUUGUCAAUCUUCGUGCCCGCAUGCGGAGCGCCGUGUUAAGAGUGGACGACAUGCUCAUACGGGCGUAUGAGCUGCAGGACCAACUCGCCCUUGCAGAGAGCAAGAUUCCACGCUCCUGGAGGCCACACCGGGUAACUUCUCACCAAAAGUCUAUCUUGGACAACUACUACGAUGUUUAUCCCAGCCACUAUGCGACCCAGGUCUUCAACGCCUUCCGGAUCCUGCGUCUGGAGAUGUGUGGGAUAAUUCGGAACCUCCAUCCCAGCAGCUCGGUUGAGAAGACGAUUGACCAAGUAACACGGGACAUUUGCGCAGCCGUGCCCCAGUUCAUACUUCCGGAAGCGAGAUCUGGGAACGCGAUGCCAUUUUCGCCGCUGCAGAUGUUGGAAUGCCGCGGCAUAUUGACCGCUCUUUACGCAGCUGGACAAAUUACGACGGAUAUGCAUUUGCGAGAGUGGAUCUUGCAGUGUCUGGCGGACAUGGCUGAUAAUGGCGUCAAGGCGGCCCGAGAUGUAGGCCACAUUUUGGCGUUUACGCCCGAGUUGGAGCACUGGACUGUCUUUACCAUGGUCGGGAGUUGCGGUAUUACCGCCUGA